CCUGGGGCGAGGUAGGAAGGCGGCGCGGCCUCCCGGCCCCCACCGAGGUCACCGGGGGUGGGGUGGGGGGAUCCCUCAGCGGGUGGCCUGUCCCUUUAAGGAGGCGGCCCUGCCUGGGUGUGCCCCGUCUCCAUGGUUACCCCGGUGCGGGCGGCGGGCGCGGGAGGGAGGCAAGGAAGCCGCUGCUGCUCCCCGACAGACGGAGGAGGCUGCGGGGACCCGGCGCCGAGCGCAGCCCGCCCGGGAACCGACCCGCAAUCCAGGCGCGACCUGCGGAGGGGCGGGGGGUGCCCCGAGCGCCGCGGCCGCGGGGCGCGGGGCCCGGGCUUCGUGGGCGGCGAGGGCGCGAGGGGCCGCGCGCCAUGCUCAGGUCCCCGACGGCGCGCACGGCCGCUCGCGCACCCCCGGCCAGCCGGGCCUGCGAGCCUUGGCCAAGCUCUGCCCUUCGACGGCUGCGCUAGGGGGCGCGGGGCCCGGCGGGGGGCGGCCGAGCGGGGCGCCCUCCCCCGGCGCUGAGCCCCCGGCGCCCCGGAGGGAUGGGGCGGGCGGCAGCCGCCGCCUAAGAUGCCGGCCAUGCGGGGGCUCCUGGCGCCACAGAACACCUUCCUGGACACGAUCGCCACGCGCUUCGACGGCACGCAUAGUAACUUCGUGCUGGGCAACGCCCAGGUGGCGGGGCUCUUCCCGGUGGUCUACUGCUCCGAUGGCUUCUGCGACCUCACGGGCUUCUCCCGGGCUGAGGUCAUGCAGCGAGGCUGUGCCUGCUCCUUCCUCUACGGGCCAGACACCAGCGAGCUCGUCCGUCAGCAGAUCCGCAAGGCUCUGGAUGAGCACAAGGAGUUCAAGGCUGAGCUGAUCCUGUACAGGAAGAGCGGACUUCCAUUCUGGUGCCUCCUGGAUGUGAUACCCAUAAAGAACGAGAAAGGGGAGGUGGCCCUCUUCCUGGUCUCUCACAAGGACAUCAGUGACACCAAGACCCGAGGGGGCCCUGACAACUGGAAGGAGACAGGGGGUGGCCGGCGCCGCUAUGGCCGGGCGGGGUCCAAAGGCUUCAAUGCCAACCGACGGAGGAGCCGGGCUGUGCUCUACCACCUGUCUGGGCACCUGCAGAAACAACCCAAGGGCAAACACAAGCUCAACAAGGGAGUGUUUGGGGAGAAACCAAACUUGCCCGAGUACAAAGUGGCCGCCAUCCGGAAGUCACCUUUCAUCUUGCUGCACUGCGGGGCGCUGAGAGCCACCUGGGACGGCUUCAUCCUGCUCGCCACACUCUACGUGGCUGUCACUGUACCCUACAGCGUGUGUGUGAGCACGGCCCGGGAGCCCAGCACUGCCCGCGGCCCGCCCAGCGUCUGUGACCUGGCCGUGGAAGUGCUCUUCAUCCUUGACAUCGUGCUGAACUUCCGCACCACGUUCGUAUCCAAGUCCGGCCAGGUGGUGUUCGCCCCCAAGUCCAUCUGCCUCCACUACGUCACCACCUGGUUCCUACUGGAUGUCAUCGCUGCGUUGCCCUUCGACCUACUGCACGCCUUCAAGGUCAACGUGUACUUCGGGGCGCACCUGCUGAAGACCGUGCGGCUGCUGCGCCUGCUGCGCCUGCUCCCGCGCCUGGACCGGUACUCGCAGUACAGUGCCGUGGUGCUCACGCUGCUCAUGGCCGCGUUCGCCCUGCUCGCCCACUGGGUGGCCUGCGUCUGGUUCUACAUCGGCCAGCGAGAAAUCGAGAGCAGCGAGUCGGAGCUGCCUGAGAUUGGCUGGCUGCAGGAACUGGCCCGCCGCCUGGAGACGCCCUACUACCUGGUGGGCCGGACCGCAGCAGGCGGGAACAGCUCUGGGCCCGGAGACAACUGUAGCAGCAGCGGCCGCAGCGAAGCCAACGGCACGGGGCUGGAGCUCCUGGGCGGGCCGUCGCUGCGCAGCGCCUACAUCACCUCCCUAUACUUCGCGCUCAGCAGCCUCACCAGCGUGGGCUUUGGCAACGUGUCCGCCAACACUGACACAGAGAAGAUCUUCUCCAUCUGCACCAUGCUGAUCGGCGCCCUGAUGCACGCAGUGGUGUUUGGGAACGUGACAGCCAUCAUCCAACGCAUGUACGCUCGCCGCUUCCUCUACCACAGCCGCACUCGCGACCUGCGAGACUACAUCCGCACGCACCGCAUCCCCAAGCCCCUCAAACAGCGCAUGCUCGAGUGUUUCCAGGCCACCUGGGCGGCGAACAACGGCAUUGACACCGCCGAGCUACUGCAAAGCCUCCCGGAUGAGCUCCGCGCCGACAUCGCCAUGCACCUGCACAAGGAAGUCCUACAGCUGCCGCUGUUCGAGGCUGCAAGCCGCGGCUGCCUGCGGGCUCUGUCGCUGGCCCUGCGGCCGGCCUUCUGCACGCCCGGGGAGUAUCUCAUCCACCAGGGCGACGCCCUCCAAGCUCUCUACUUUGUCUGCUCCGGUUCCAUGGAGGUGCUCAAGGGUGGCACCGUGCUUGCCAUCCUAGGGAAGGGUGAUCUGAUUGGCUGUGAGCUGCCUCGGCGGGAGCAGGUGGUCAAGGCCAAUGCCGACGUGAAGGGGCUGACCUACUGUGUCCUCCAGUGCCUGCAGCUGGCCGGGCUGCACGAGAGCCUUGCACUGUACCCCGAGUUUGCCCCGCGCUUUAGCCGCGGUCUCCGAGGAGAACUCAGCUACAACCUGGGUGCUGGGGGAAGCUCUGCGGAGGUGGACACCAGCUCCUUGAGUGGCGACAACACCCUCAUGUCCACACUGGAGGAGAAGGAGACAGAUGGGGAACAGGGCCCCACAGUCUCGCCAGCCCCCGCCGAUGAGCCCUCCAGUCCCCUGCUGUCCCCUGGCUGCACCUCUUCAUCUUCAGCUGCCAAGCUGUUGUCCCCACGUCGAACUGCACCCCGGCCCCGUCUCGGCGGCAGAGGCCGGCCGAGCCGGGCCGGGGCUUUGAGGGAAGAGGCUGGACCCUCUACUCACCCACGGACCCUAGAGGGACUGCGGCUGCCCCCUGUGCCAUGGAAUGUGCCCCCGGAACUGAGCCCCAGGGUUGUAGAUGGCAUUGAGGAUGGCUGUGGAUCCUCUGACCAGCCCCAGUUCUCCUUCCGCGUGGGGAAGCCUGGCUCGGAAUGUAGCAGCAGGCCCUCCCCAGUACCAGAGAGCGGCCUGCUCACUGUCCCGCUUGGGCCCAGCGAGGCGAGAAAUACAGACACCCUGGACAAGCUUCAGCAGGCGGUGAUGGAGCUGUCCGAGCAGGUGCUGCAGAUGCGGGAGGGGCUGCAGUCGCUGCGCCAGGCAGUGCAGCUCAUGCUGGAGCCCCAUGGGGAGGGCCGGUGCCCAGCCAGCCCCUCAGGGCUCCUGCAGCCCCUGCGAGUGGACACCGACGCCUCCUCCCAAGCCCCGCGGCCCCCAGCUGGCUCAGUCGUGACCGGAACUUGGCCCCACCCACGAGGACCCUCUCCUCUCAUGGCACCCUGGCCCUGGGGGCCCCCAGCAUCUCAGAGCUCCCCCUGGCCUCGAGCCACAGCUUUAUGGGCUUCGACCUCGGACUCGGAGCCCCCCGGCUCGGAGGAACUCUGCUCUGAGCCCAGCACGCCGGCCUCGCCCCCUCCUUCCGAGGAAGCAGCUAGGACUGGGCCCACCGAGGCCACGAGCCAGGCAGAGGCCACCAGCACUGGAGAGCCCCCACCAGGGUCGGGGGGCCUGGCCUUGCCCUGGGACCCCCACAACCUAGAGAUGGUGCUUAUCGGUUGCCACGGCUCCGGCUCAGUGCAGUGGUCACAGGAAGAAGGUACGGGGGUCUGACUGUCGCCUGUGGACUGUGUGCUGCCUGCUGGCUCAGGGCAGGGGCUGGAGAGCGACAGAACGCCCGACCCGGGCCAGGGACCUCCGGACCCCGCCUCCUGGGAACCCUCCCCGGCCUGCUCCGCCCUGGGCCCAGUGGGGGGGUAGGGGCACCCCGAGGGCAGGGAGGGGUGCUGCCACCCCCGCAUGUGCCCCUGCCUCUACCUGCCCCAUUUUUUAUAUUAAAAAUAAUAAUAAAGGAAACUACUUUGGGA